CUUACGUAAAGUUAUUUUUUCCUCUGUGCCGUCACAUUUACCCGACACGCGGUGAUAAACACCGUGACGUCAUAUGUGUGGGACGCCGUGAUGCCGGUGGAUGGAAGGAUGAAGGUGAAAGAAUAAAAAAUGAAAUCAGUUUAAAUGAUUUAGUCUGAACCACAGAUUAUUUACACAGCAGAGAGCCGGAUACAGGUCACCUGACGGCUGACGUCACACAGGAGGGGUCGGCAUGUUGAGUGUGGCGGGGUCGUUGAGGACCAGCGUCCUGCAGCUUCCUGUACGAGGAGUCUGUUCUGCGACAUUCAACAGGAAAUCUUCUGCACCUGGUCACACCUGUACUGCACCGCCGUCAGCUGGAUGUCCUGCAGUUUGCUGUCACAUGUUACCUGUCAGGACGCUGUCAGCUGUCAGGGGUCUGUCAAACGUUGGGACUUUAUCCGGCGCUGGGACGCUGUCAGGUGUAGGGACGCUGUCAGGUGUAGGGACGCUGUCAGGUGUAGGGACGCUGUCAGGUGUUCGGAGGCUCUCAGGUGUAGGGAGGUUGUCAGGUGUAGGGAGGUUGUCAGGUGUAGGGAGGUUGUCAGGUGUAGGGAGGUUGUCAGGUGUAGGGACACUGUCAGGUGUAGGGAGGUUGUCAGGUGUAGGGACACUGUCAGGUGUAGGGACGCUGUCAGGUGUAGGGAGGUUGUCAGGUGUAGGGAGGUUGUCAGGUGUAGGGACGCUGUCAGGUGUUCGGAGGCUCUCAGGUGGAGGCCAUGAUGACAGUGCAGGUGCAGCCGGCUGGUACAGCAGCCUCUCUGACUCGGCUCCGGUUCACCUGAGCGAACACUUCCUGGUGAGUGUGCAGCAGAUGAGCGGGCUGCCGUGGUGGCUGAGCAUCGUCGUGGCGACGCUGUCGGUCAGGACGCUCAUCACUCUGCCGCUCGCCGCCUACCAGAUGGUGAUCAUAUCCAAGGUGGAGGCGCUGCAGGCGGAGAUCUCAGAGCUGGCGAAGAGGCUUCGAUACGAAGUUUCAGUCCGAGCACGAGAAAGAGGCUGGACGGAGAAAGAGUGCCGGUUUCAGUUCAAGAAGAAUCUGCGUCGUAUCGUCUCUCAGCUCUACGUCAGAGACAACUGUCACCCGUUCAAAGCCAGUGUGCUGGUCUGGGUUCAGCUGCCUCUGUGGAUCAGCUUCUCUCUGGCCCUCAGAAACCUGAGUCUGGAUCAGUCCGCACUGCACUCUGACCUGGCAGCAGGGGGCGCUCUGUGGUUCUCUGACCUCACCUCACCUGACUCCACCUGGAUCCUACCUGUCUGCCUCGGACUCAUCAACCUGCUCAUCGUAGAGGUGUUUUCUCUUCAGAGAGUCAACCCGUCUCGUUUACAGAAGACAGUGACGAACUUCAUCAGAGCGUUCUCAGUGUUGAUGAUUCCCAUCGCUGCCACUGUUCCUUCUUCCAUGGCUCUGUACUGGUUUACCUCCAGUCUGGUGGGAUUCAGUCACAACCUCUUCCUUCGUUCUCCGACGAUCCACAAAAUCCUCAAACUGCGAAGUCACAGAUCAGACUCUCCGUACAGAGACCUGCUUUCCGCCUUCAUCACCAAAUACUGCAGAUAAAGACACAGACGGAUCAGAGACAUGUUUAUGAGAUAAAUCAGUGACGGAACAUUUCAUUGAUAUUUAACUGCUGUUCAGCUGGUUGUGAUGUUGAGAUGUUGUACUGAUCCAGUCAUUGAUUGAUUGAUCUGUGUGUUGAUUAAUAAACUGAAACUUGUGUUGAUAUGA